UUUAGUAGUUUCAAUACAAACCACACCAAUCUUAAUAAAACAUACAUAAUAAUGAGUUCUGCACUUGAUCAAUCCUUGGACGAAAUUAUCUCCACCAACAGAAAGCCAAGACCAGCCAAGAAGGCCAACAAGCCAAAGCAAGCCGCUGGUGUCACCAAAAAGGUUGUCAACAAGAAGAAGCCAGUUGUUUCUUUCAAGAAGCCAAAUGCUCCUCAAUCCGCUAACACUUUAGAUGCUUCAUACGCCACUAAGGUUGUUGUACACGGUUUGCCAAAGGACAUUAAGCUUGAUGCUAUCAAGGACUUUUUCCAAUCUCAAGUUGGUGGUGUUCAAAACAUUGCUUUAUCCUACAAUGAAAGAGGUCAAUUCAAGGGAAUUGCUACCAUUGUUUUCAAGAGCAGCAAGUCUGCUUCUUUGGCUGUCACCAAGUACAAUGGUGCUCCAAUUGAUGGUGGAUCUUCCAAGUUGAAGUUGGAAUUAAUCAUUGACCCAACUAAGAAGCCAUUGGCUUCAAGAAUUGCCCCAGUUGUGCAACAGGUUGCAAAUGCUAAGGCAGCUCAAGCUAAGAAGCAACAUAACACUCCAGCCAAGGGUAAGAAGCAAAACGGUGCUGCUACUCCAAAGGCUGCUGCCAAGAAGCAAGCCAAGAAGCCAGCUAAGAGAGUCAAGAAGACUGUUGACGAAUUAGACCAAGAAAUGGCUGACUACUUUAACUAGUUUUUGUCAUUUCAUGUCGUAGGUACAUAAAAUAUUCUAUUUGUAUUAUUUGAAUUUAAAAAGUUAUUAAUUGAAUUGAGA